CUGUCCCGGCCGGGCCCGGCCCCUCCCGGAGGAUGGUGCGAGCGAGAUGAGCCCCGAGCCGCCGCCAGCCCCGGCCGGGGAGGACGGGGAGCCGGAGGAGGAGGCGGCGGCGGCGGCGGCGGCGAGGGAAGGCGGUGUCUGCGCCAUGCUGCUGACGCGGGCCGGCCUGAAGGCGGGCGGCUGCGGCGCGCAACAAGGUAUUGGUCGGCCAAGUGUAUACCAUGCUGUGGUGGUCAUAUUUCUAGAAUUCUUUGCCUGGGGCCUCUUGACAACUCCAAUGUUAACAGUUUUACAUGAAACAUUUACCCAUCAUACGUUUUUAAUGAAUGGUCUUGUUCAAGGUGUUAAGGGUUUUUUGUCCUUUCUCAGUGCUCCACUAAUAGGUGCUCUAUCAGAUGCAUGGGGAAGAAAGUCUUUUCUUCUUCUUACUGUUUUCUUCACUUGUGCCCCAAUUCCAUUAAUGAGAAUAAGUCCAUGGUGGUACUUCGCUAUGAUUUCGGUAUCUGGAAUCUUUUCUGUUACGUUUUCUGUAAUAUUUGCAUAUGUAGCUGAUGUAACACAAGAACAUGAAAGAAUUACAGCCUAUGGACUGGUAUCUGCCACCUUUGCAGCGAGUUUGGUAACUAGUCCUGCCAUCGGAGCAUACCUCUCUGCCAGCUAUGGAGAUAACCUUGUUGUAAUAGUGGCCACACUGGUGGCUGUUGCGGACAUCUGUUUCAUCCUGCUAGUUGUACCAGAAUCCCUGCCAGAAAAAAUGAGACCUGCUUCAUGGGGAGCUGCUAUAUCAUGGGAACAAGCAGACCCUUUUGGGUCUCUGAAGAAGGUUAGAAAAGAUUCUGCUGUUCUCCCAAUCUGCAUUACAGUGUUUCUUUCCUAUCUGCCUGAGGCUGGCCAGUAUUCUAGUUUUUUUCUGUAUUUGCGACAGAUUAUCGGUUUUGGAUCUGCUAGCAUUGCAGCAUUUAUAGCUGUGGUAGGCAUCCUGUCAAUAAUAGCUCAGACCGUGUUUCUCAGUAUCUUGAUGAGGUCAAUAGGGAACAAAAAUACAGUUCUCCUGGGUCUUGCCUUUCAAAUUCUUCAGUUAGCUUGGUAUGGUUUUGGAUCUCAGUCUUGGAUGAUGUGGGCAGCUGGAGCUGUAGCAGCCAUGUCAAGCAUUACAUUCCCAGCAAUCAGUGCUCUGGUUUCACGAAAUUCAGAGUCAGAUCAACAAGGUGUUGUCCAAGGAAUAAUAACUGGAAUAAGAGGACUGUGCAAUGGCCUGGGACCAGCACUGUAUGGCUUUAUUUUCUUUCUCUUUCAUGUGGAGCUCAAUGAAUUACCACCAGAUCAGACUUCUGAAAAAAACACAAUGAUAGAUCCCAGGGAUAAGAGAGCAAUCAUUCCUGGUCCACCGUUCCUGGUAGGAGCAUGUAUUGUUCUUCUGGCUUUUCUAGUUGCCUUAUUUAUUCCUGAGCACAGCAAAGCCAGCAGCAACAGAAAACACAGCAACAGCAUCAGCAGUACUCUGAGCAACAACCUAGACCGCAGUAGUGAAGAGGACAAUGAACCACUGCUGCAAGAUAGCAGUGUAUGACUUCUGAGGAGACUAUGGAACAAAUUAAUGCACUGAAUUGCAGAUCAGCAAGCUUGGUAGGAUGUGUGUGGACCUCCAAAAGGAAUGUAGCCAUGUGUAAGGGAAGACCACAUUAUUAUGAUACUUCAGGUUGAUACCACACUUGCCGGAGGGCUUGUUUAGCUUAUUAGGUCACAGCUAUGUGUGAUUCUAUUCAAUGUGACUGCAAAUGCUACAUCAAAUACUUAUAUUGGGCAGAAAUGUGAAUAUUUCUCAAAGAUUGAAUGCUCAAUUCCCAAAGUUGUAUGCAAUAUGAUCAGACUCGAGGCAGAACAGUUUCUGCCGUCACUGCCGAGGUUGUUUUGCAUUUCUUAUGCCUUUUGUCUACACGUGUGGCCCAUGUAGUCCUCAUGGUGUGACAGGGACUGAUCUAUAUAUUUCUAAUAUCUGAAAUACUGUCUAUUAGAAAACAUCUUUAUUUCUCAAAGACAUUCUCAAAUAUUUUUUAGUAACAAGAAGUCCAGUAGUUACCAGAAGGCACUGAUAAAACUGAGAUGACUUCUGAGGGUGCAUGACCAAAUGUGGCAGUCACUACCCAUAAACGAAGGUCAUACUGAAGUCUUAAACCCACAUUCUGGAGAAAUCAGUUCUGCACAGUUCAAGCAAAUCCAGGUGGCAUCUGAAAGCACUGGUUGCAUUAAUGUUUUGCCGAUUUAAAAAUAAAUAAAUAGAAUUAUGCUUAUAAAAUGAGCAGCAUCAGAAAUAUGUACACUCCUGACUUCAGAAGCAGGAAAAGCAGUGGGUGUGAGAGUAGUUUACAACAAUAAGUAUGUAUAUUUAUUGCAUUUUGUCACUUUAUCUGCCGUAUGAAAUAAUCUUUCCUAUUAAUUCUUUUCACACCUGCCUUAACUGCUACUUAGUGUUUAGUUAUUAAUCAUAUUUAGUCUUUAUAUCACUGUCUUACCUGCUGAAUCUCAUGGAUAUAUUCAUAUCAAAUUUUCCUUUCUAAAAGAUGCUUUAAAGGAGUUAUGGCUACAAAUAUACUAAUUUUUAGAGACAUUUUAUGAAAAAUAUACAGAUUUAUAUAUGUAUUUUGCUGCAGUGUAAAUGGACCAUUAAACCCAACUUCAUGGAAGUUCUCCUAUGAAUGUUUUAUAUGUAUGCAAUAUAUGUAGAUAUUUGUAAGGAGUUCUAAUUUUUCCAGAUGGGUGCUGUGUAAAUCAUGUAUAAUAAAUGUAAUGAUGAUACUGACAGAUAUACAGUUUUUUAUAAGGAUUGUGUAUUGACUGAAAAAAAUUUUUAAAAAAUAUAUUUUGAAACUUGUUCCACAUUAAGCAAUGAUAUCAAACCUUUUGUACUAUGUGGUUUGGUUUUUAAGUUAAUAAGCUUCCUAAUACAUAAUAAAUCUUGAGCUUUCUAGA